CCUCGAGCGCGCGGGGCCUGCCGAGAACGCGCGCGGCCGGGCGCGGCGUGGGUACCCCAGCCGCGGGCAGCCGCCCUGCAACCCCCCGACGCGACCAUGGCGACUGACAUCACUCCCGAAGCCAUUGGCUUCCUGUCUGCCAUUGGGGUCUUUGUUGUCCUUCUGGCUGUCCUUGUCCUCUUCAUCAACAAGAAGCUGUGCUCUGAAAACCUAAGAGGGCAUCCACACCCGGAGCAUCGAGGGAAGAGAAAGCACUCAAGAGAUAAGACUGGGGGCCGCACGGGAGCGGUUAACAGUUUUGGGGAUGAUGAAGAGCCAUCCACAUCUUCUGAGAGUGAUGAAGAUGUGACUAAGCAAUUCAAGAUCUCAGUGUCCCGAUCCCAGAGUUUUCGUACAGGAGCAUCUGAGAAGGGAAAGACAACAGAGUUGGAGCAGAAAACAAAAUGCAAACGUUUGCUGUGCACCCACCAAGAAGACAGCGCUAAAGGGUCUGCUUGUGAAGGUAUUCACUGCAGCGCAUUGCACUGUAGGCAAGGGCAGGUCAAUGAUUUGGAUGGAACCAGCCAACUCAGUUAUUCUGAGAUUCUGUCUUAUGAAGACCGCCCCAUUUCCAUUCUCCCACAAUCCCCUUGUGAGAGCAGGAACGCCAGGUACCAUGGCCCUUGUCGUCCAGAGAUGGGCAUGGUCCGAAGCCUCGGCCGUCCUUGUGCAGAUGGCGUCCUGGAGACGGAGAUGGCUUUUGUGAGUCGGGGCUUUGAAGAUUCCUAUGCCACCCACAGCUCCUCUCUGUGGAGUCCAGAGGAGCAGGAUGGCACCAGUCUGCAGGUACCACCCAGGCUUUCGGAACCUAUCUCAAAAUGCGGUGACCUCGAUGUCAUCUUUGAAUAUAGAGCUGUAACCCAGAAGCUCACUGUGACCAUUGUGAGAGCACAGGGUCUCCCAGAUAAGGACCGAAGUGGUGUCAACUCCUGGCAAGUUCACAUAGUGCUGCUGCCCAGCAAGAAACAGAGGGGUAAGACCAACAUACAGAGAGGGCCCAACCCUGUCUUCAAGGACAAGGUGACCUUCACCAAGCUGGAGCCCAGAGAUGUGGCUUCCUGUGCUGUCCGCUUCCGCCUCUAUGCUGCCCGUAAGAUGACCCGAGAGAGAAUGAUGGGAGAGAAGCUGUUCUGUCUCAGCCACUUGCACCCAGAAGGGGAAAUGAAAGUGACUCUGGUUCUGGAGCCAAGAAGUAAUCUGAGCAGUGGAGAGUCUCCGCUCAGCCCAUCUGUGGUGUCUCACAGUGACAGUGCUUCAUCCACACAGUCACUGUCUCAUGGAGGGGUGCCAGAGCUAUUGGUGGGACUGUCCUACAAUGCCACAACAGGGCGAUUAUCUGUGGAAAUGAUCAAAGGCAGCCAUUUCCGCAACCUCGCUGCUAACCGAGCUCCUGAUACGUAUGGAAAACUCUUCCUCCUCAACUGUGUGGGUCAAGAGAUGUCCCGCUGCAAGACGUCCAUUCGGCGUGGCCAACCCAAUCCUGUCUAUAAAGAGACCUUUGUCUUCCAGGUGGCCCUCUUCCAGCUCUCGGAUGUCACCUUGAUGAUUUCCAUUUAUAGCAGGCGCACUAUGAAGCGUAAAGAGAUGAUUGGCUGGGUCGCUCUGGGCCAGAACAGCAGUGGGGAGGAGGAGCAGGAACACUGGGAGGAUAUGAAGGAAAGCAAGGGCCAGCAGACCUGCCGGUGGCAUACACUGUUGGAAUCCUAGGUUUACCAACGGCAUUCGUGUUGUGUCAGCCUUGAUUAUCUGACACAUGUCAGAUCAUUGGGGGACGGAGGAGCUUUCAAAUGGAGAACUGUACUAAACUUAGGUCAUUAUGUGGCUUGGGACAGUUUCAAAGGUUUGAUUGGAGUUUAAAUGUCAUGAAAGGAAGCCUACAUGCGCAGAACGGGAAAUGGUAUCUGGUUGACAUCAGUGGUUAGGUCACAAUCCGUGCUAAUGGAUGAUUGUGUUUUGGUUCACACUAUGUGGUGCAGCUUCUUCCUGCUGUCUCUCUUUGCUGGGAGAAUAGCCUGAGAUUUCAAAGGAGCUAUAAACGUUACUGCUUCCCAUCACCGAGGUGUAUGAAUCAGGAUCUUCUCAGUGUUCGAAAUUCCAAAACAGAAAUGAAUCAGCUGCCAAGUGCUAAGGAAGGAUGUAACCAAUCCACAAUCUUCUGCCACCCCUAUUCUCUUUAUGAAAAAAAGAAAAAAGAGCCCUGUUUACUUAAAAGGUAAUUGUUAUAAACUUGUGGUGUAAAAUAAAUUUGUAUUCAUGAAAAGUCUCUUUUUAUCUCAAUUAAAUAUCACGGUUUCUAAAAGAAUUGGGUAGACAAAUCAUAUGGGAACUGUAAAACAGUUAAAAACUGACUGUUAUCUGACCUAUCUCUUUUUGAAUAUUUAAGAUUUACAAAAAUCAAGGAUUUUGUGUUUUCUUAUGAAUCGGCACCCAAAGAAGAAGAGAAAAACCUAGAAGAUAAUUUAAGUCUUGGCUUUCUCGAUGUUUCCGAAUAUGUCAUUCAUUUGGAUUAUACCUUUUCUAUAGAUAAUUGUACUAACUCUCACAUGUAUUUUUUGUAUGUAUUUCUGCAUGCCAGCCACAUUCAUCUUUAUGCUAUGUACCAUGCCAGUAGAACAUAGAAAGAUGCAUACAGUGGAUCUCAAUAAAUACUGAUUUGAUUGACUUAUGGGAAUGAACAUGUGAAGUCCUCUGAAUGAAGAAGUAUCAUCAUUUGGUAUGAAAUGACAUUGAAUUCUUGGAGCAUUUAAAGGACCCAGCACUGAUAUUUCUUACAUGUGCAAUGAAAUGUUUUAGUGAGUCCCUGUCUGUGGGCACAUGCUAUUUAUUCCCCAAUGCUAACCUUGUAUGGAUCUGGGCAUGAGGUUUUACUUAUGAGUGGCUUUUACGUUUUAUGUGGUGCACUUUAAUUUCUCAGAUCUGAGUGCUUAGUUUUCGAGUCUUUUACCUGGAAGUGAUGAGGAGGAAGGGAUCCACCCUUAACCCUGUGCUUAAUGUUACAGGUUCUCCGAGCAAGGGCCCUGCCACUUCUUUUUAGAUUUUUAUGUUUUCUUGUUGACUUCUGUCCUGUCUUCGGGAAGAGUGAUAGCUAGUGACGGAUACAUGCAGUCAAUGCCACAUAACUUCCCCCACAGCUCUACAUUUUGACAGAUUGUAAGCGUAGGCUGCAACACUUGAAGAACGUAUUUAUUCCUUGUACUUCAUAAUGGAUAUCCUGACAAGACCAGACAAGGGCACAGGAAAACUCUACUAGCUCACAGGGAUUAGAUUUGGGGAAGAAACAAUUUUAUAUGGAGGGGUGUUUAUAGAAUAAACUAGUAUCCCCAGGUCUUUUUUUAAGUCCAUCAGGUUCCCCCACCUUCCUUGAGAAGACCUCGGAGUGUCUUCUCAGCAUCUUGCCCACUAACUGCCCAGUGGUCUUUACAGUGCGACUGUGUCACGGGGGGGUAGAACUGAGUGCAAUUGAUAGAGGAGCGGUGAAGAAUUGGCUUUUCACAUCCCUCCAUCUCUGUGUGCCUUGUGCUGAAGGGAAGCAGAGCAGCCCCGUUGUGCUUCCCUUUCUGCCGCUGGCAUAAUAGCAGCAUUCAUUUUCAAAUUUACAUUUGAAAAAAAUCUGUAUAUAUUGUCCAGACAGCCCUGGAUUUCCCUCGCUCGCUCACGGUUGCCUGUUCUACAUGUUGCUUGUAUCUAUGGCUUCCGGGGCCCUGCUAAUCACCUCUGCUUUCUGUUCUACUCCUUGACUCACUCAGUUUGGGGAUUUCUGCUGGUAUAGUGAGCUUAGGAUGACGUUGACAACGUUUCCCCUUUCAAGGGGAAAAGCAUUUUCCCCACUUUUUAGUAAUAUUUUUUUUGGUUAGUGAUACUCAUCGUAUAACACGUGUGCAUCUUGAUUAUACAGCAGCAUUCGCCCUCAGUGGAUGGUACAGACAUCAAAUUCUAAAGACAAGAUGCGCUGAAAUGUGAGGCUGAGCUUUUUUUUUUUUUAACCUUGAUUUGAAAUUCUGCUGUAGGAAGAUCUUUGGAUUUCGUGCACUUAGACUCUCUUAUUUUCUUGGCAAAGUCUAGACCCAAAUGCAUUUAACAUGUUUUUCACUUAAGCGUUUACAGCUCCAUUUGCUUCUCAAAAGAGUUAUGAAAGAUAAUUAGUUGGCUCUGUGGUGGGAGAGCUGCUUUUUUGCCUGUUUUAGCUAGCUAAUGAUUAAUAUCUUGUGCGGGGUCUGACGUGGAUGCCGUGCGGCGUUUUUGUUGCAUGAUGGGUCUUUUCCUAAAGUGUGUGCUUGUAAAAUAAUACCGCUGAGGGUACGAGACGCAUCGGCAUUCCGGAGACGCGCCUCAUCGUGGGCCUUCUUUCGGGGCUGAAUGGGGUUCACCAGUUCUGGUGGUAGCUGUUGUACUCUCUGCUCCCUUCUGACGAUUGCUGACUUUCUUUGCUUUCUUUCUUAAUGAACUAUUCAUCAGGCAGACACACACCUGCUCCGGGCUCCCCCCUCCUUCCUUGGCUCCCUCUGAGAGAUGCACAGUUGGUUUGGAUCCUGUUGUCACUGAUCACAUAACUGUUGGACAGAGGGCGCCCCGCUUUCCCUAACAUUAGAAGAAUUUAUAAUGACCACGAAUGCACUACUCUCUGCAUUCUGCCAGCAUGAGGCCUCAGAAGAGAGCCAUGCCAAGUUUGCAAAGAGGCGUGACAUGGCAUCCACAGUUGGACAACUUAGGUGCCACUGGCUAUGACUUGCUUUGAGGACAAUUCAGGCGUUGAUGCAAGUGUUGACCUUCUCCAUAGUGCCGGGUGCUAGAGGGUGCCUGAAGCAUGCCUUCUUCCCUUUCAAUGUGUACACACAUUCACGUUAUCCAAACUACUGUUGCCUUUUGUUCGUUGUGGUUUAUAUUGUGGCUGUCCUGGAAGGUAUGGUCUGAGAAUCCAAAUUCUUUCCAAGUAAAGCAUUUUUUAAAUUGCAUAGCAUGUUCAUGGAUCUUUCAGUGUGAACACUGUGCUGUGUGUCCACCCAAGCCUGGCUGUCCUUUUUAUGCAGAGGACUUGGUACAUGAAGAUGUGGAAAGACUUAUCAGUAAAUGAACUGAGGCUGUAUGGAAGCAAUUUGGGGGACAGGAUUAACUUAAUGGUGUCGAACAAAACUGACCCCAGACAGUGAAGUGAGCGCCUGUGAUGUGGACAUAGGUUGGGUUCAGAUGGAACCUGCUAUGUGGCCAUGAGAAAAUGUCUUGCCCAGCCCACACCCCAGUGUCCUCAAAUGGAAAGCUGAAUUAGUGCCUGCCUCUGAAGUAUCUUUGAAGAGAUAUCAGUGAAGUCACAGGUGUAACGUGACCAGAGUAGAAGCUGCUACAAAGCUAAUAUUCAGUAUUCCCUCCUUCUACCCACGCUUGAGACGGAAGUGUCCUAGGUUUGCCACUUUUCCAGGAAUGCAGCUAUGACACUAGGUGGAAACUCAAAACAUUUUCUUUUUCAGGAACUUGAAAGAAAAAAAAAAAGCCUACUUCAUGAAGCUGGCCUAGAUUUGCCCAGAAAAUAGAUCUUAUCAAGGGAUGAGCAUGAUUGAGUAAAUUACAUCUUAAUAGACAUCAAAUAACUACAUCUCCACCUUUUUAUUCUUUUGGUUUGGAGGACGUGCACAACCUGAGUUACUUAUGUUUACAUCUUGAUGAGCCAUAUACAGGCCUUUUCUUAACCCACUCUGCUGCUCAUAAUACACAGAUAGGGCCCCUAUCGGAAAGCUUGCUAGAGUUUGGCUAUGUACUUGAUUUUGAUCUACAAAAAGCAAGCAGUGUAAUACUGACAUUCUUUAAAAAAAUAUGUGCGACUUUAAAACUCACAUUAUAUAUUUAUAUCUCUAUGGGGGGAGGAAUUUUCGGCUGUGAAGACAGAGUCAUUGUCCAACUGGAAGGUUCUAUUGAGAGCCAUGUCAUCCCUGCUGUCCGUGUCAUUCCUGUUAGAUCACAAUGAAAGGAGUUUCAUUAUUCCGCAGAACCUCCUUUCCCUUUAAAGGUGCCUUGUUUGUAGAUACAAUGGGAGCAUGCCCCACUGUUUUCGGGUGAUUCAAACUGCAAGUGAUGAAGACAUCCUAAAAGUUUAGAAAAGUAUUGGUUGACCUUUGAUCCAUAGAAGUCUGGAACACAUGACUCAGGCACCUCAAGUGCCUCUGGGUAGCAUGGGCCAAUCAUCUUCUACAUGGUGGUUUUGAGACAGGAUCUCCUGUGACCUUGAACUCACUAUGUAGCUGAGGAUGACCUUGAACUUCUGAUCCCUGGGUAGCUGAGGAUGACAAACUUGUGAUCCUCCUGCUUCUUUCUCCUCAGUGCUGGGAUUAUAGGUGUGUGCCACCAUGCCCAGUCUCUGUGGUGUUGGAGUCAGGGCUUUGUGGCUACCAGGAAACACCCUAACAACUGAGCUCCAUCCCCAGGCCCUGUUUGUGUUUUAAACUGUGUGACUCUGGGAUGGGAUGGCUGCUCUUCCACCCACUGCCAAGGUGUCAACAUGCUACAUUGAAUUCCAGGCUCUCAAUUCAGGGACAACAACCUGGAGACAUUGGGCAUGAAUCAUUUAGCUUAAUGCUUUCCAGUGGGGAUAAGUAGGAAUGAUACAGUUGUUGCGUGGGAGGUGGGAAGACUGGGAAGUAACUUAUGGUCACAGUGACCCAGAAAGUAGAACCCCACUGGAGAAGACAGUGUACACUGUCUGAUCUUGGCACAUGGAUAGAGUCAGAGGACCCACAGACACUUAACCAUGAGACUUUAACUUAGACUUUACCAAAAGUACAUAUGGGUUGUUUCUCGUUAGCUUAACUGUGUAUGUUUAGUUGUCAUUAGGUUAUUGGGGGUGGUACAGAACUUACAUAUCUUCCUGGAGUCGUUGGCUAACAUUAAAAUCACAGUACUAACCAAUAUACGAUCAUUAAGUUGUUUACAAUUAUUUGUAGUCCAAACUAGACUUUCUAAUUGUGGGUUGGAAGGAAAUGAGAUGCAUUUGGCUAAAGGAAUCAGGGAAAAAACUACUGGCAGCCCCUAAGUUGGUGGCUAGCCUUUAGUUGCCCAAAAGUGGGAAUUAAUUGACCAGAAGUUUCUAGAAGCAUCUUUUAAAACAGAAAGUUGUGGUGGCAGUGUUAGUUCAAAGGACAGGAGGGCAAGUGUGUCUUUAGGAGGGUUCUUUACAUGUAGUAUCUGGUAUGUAACCUCAACGCUCCUGGUCUGAGCUUUUCCUAUUUGUGUUUUCUCCACAUGGAUUUUUCUCGGCUUCUUAUGUCUUCUCUGGGGAGCUGCUGCUCAGGUCUUGUUCGAAUAAUGAUGGGGUGCCUGCAGGCCUUGGCUGCCUUUCCUCUCAUAUGGUGCAUUGACUGUCAACUGUUUUUAUUCCCCUUGGGUCAGAUUGCCGUAUCCUAGACACGGUGGCGAUAAUCACCUAUAUUUACAGCCUGCAUGAAACCUGCGUGCAGCUUGAGGUUUUUAUAGUGCAAACACAGACGGCAGCCAUGGAGGUCUGUGGAUGUUCUUAGAAUCACACUGCUGAGCACUGCGAACAGCCCUCGAGUGCUCACUAAUGCCGCCUCAAGUGUCUCCGGGGAGCUUUUCCUUUUUAGUGCUGUAUGACAAUAUCGCCAAUCGACUGAGCUUCACGAAAAGGCAGAUUUCCCUGAGGUAUCACCAGACUUAUGUAUAAUUUUUGUUGACUUAAUUUUUCCCUUAAUAUAUCCAUUUGAUUCUUUUAAAAAAAUUGUUUGGAUAUAUUCAAAACAUAUCCACUCAAAGAGUGAAUAAAAGUCAUUGGUGCUUAGAAUGUUCUGGAAUCUGGGCUGGGUCUAGACAUGGGCCGGUGAAUAAAAGAAUUCAACAAUACUUUUGCUUCCUAAUAACCUCUUCUUUCAUGUUCCAUUCUGACAAGGACUGUAGGCAAGCAAAAAUUUUCUUUUAUGAUCUUGUAAUUUGGGACUUAAUAUAUUUCUAUGAUGGUUUCUCCUCCUCCUGUGAAGGAGAGAGGAUUUAAAAGUUAUUACUCUGUGUCUAGUUAAGGAAUAAAUAUCCUUGGCAGUUUAUGCUUCUUUUCAAAAUAAAUGGGUAUUUUACAUCUGUAGAGGGAGGGAUGCUGUGUUCUGCUCCUGCAAAGAAAGGAGUUACGGCCUGAGGUGCUGGUUAGCUGGUUAUUCGAACUUGUAUGACUGAAUAUUGAAUUUCCUUUAUAAAACAGUGGGCAGGCAAACGUGACACAAUUCUUCCAGGCUCUGUAUAUUGUAAAUGUUUGCUCCACCACCCCAUUUGACUAUGUGCACUUAGAGAUAAAGCUAUAUGGAUGCAUGGGUGAGGAUGUGGGCAAAGAACCCUACUAACCUGUUUGUUUGUUUGUUUUAAAUUAAGUGUUAUCAUGAGAUCAUAAUAAGCAAGGUAGGACAGAUGUAGAAAAAGAAACACUACAUAUUUUCUCUUAUUUUGAAGCCUAGACUUUCUAUAGAUAGACAUGACCAUUUUUUAUAUUUGACACAGAAGGGAGAUGAUGGGAGAAACCAUUAGGACUGGGGAACGAUGGAGAUAAAGUGAGGAGCAGGAGGGAAGGUGAAGAUGGUGAAAGUGCAUGUGACCCAUUGAAACUGUCUACGAAGCUAAGCUCUAUGGACAAUGAGUAACCACCCCAUACCUCCAACCCCACCCCCCAAAACCAACCUCCUGUAAUUUGGGCAUCCUUGUAAACUGUGUGAGAUCAAUAUCCAUUUCUUUAUUUUACAUGGAAGAUGGGUUAACAACUGUUUUCUAGGGUUGAUUUUGAAACUGGUCUGAAUAUAAUUUGGUUUUGCCGUCUAGGAAUCGACCCCAGCUCUUACAGAUGGAGUCCUUUACAAUAGUCUUUUCCCUGGAUGGAAUUCUUGGUACUUUCAACUUCAUAAGAAAAGACACAGGUUG